UGCACACUCUCUUAUCCUACACCCAUCUUCUCCACAAAAAAGUUCCAGAUCAAAACCUCCAAAAACCCUUUAAAAAUAAAAAAUUUGCUCAACAUUUUCCUGCAGUUUCACUGUCUCUAAACCCACGCGCUAAUGGCGGUGCGUGCAACAGUUAGCCGGUUUCCCGGUGACCAAGACGCACUGGAAGAAUCAGGACUACCGUGGGGGGUAACAGUUUCACCGUUCGCCAGCAAGGACGAAAACGGGAAUCCACCGGUUUAUGGAUCGGGCGGUCACUUAUUACCCCGAUGUGAGAAUUGUUGGGCUUACUAUAACACAUACUGUGAACAAGAACAAUGGGCCUGGACUUGUGCACUUUGUGGGACCCUUAACGGGCUUUCUUCUCAGGCCGUAACCCGUUAUUCGCUCCCUGAAUCUUGUCCGGAGAAUUUAUCUUCGUUUAUUGACCUUGAAUUGCCCAUGGAUGAAUCUGAGGAAAUGCAGGCGCGACCUGUGUAUGUGGCAGCUGUUGAUCUUGCUUCAUCGGAAGAGUUUUUGGAACUUGUUAAAAGUGCACUUUUAGCUGCUUUAGAAGCUCUUGGGCCUGGAUCACUAUUUGGGCUGGCUACAUUCAGCCAUAAAAUAGGUUUGUAUGAUGUUCAAGGGCCAAUUCCAGUGGUGAAGAAUGUUUUCAUUCCUCAUGAUUCUGAUAGUGCCCUGUCAAUGGAACUUCAGGAUGUCAUGCCCCUACUUUCGUUUUUAGCUCCAGUGGAUACCUGUAAGGACCGCAUCGCAUCCGCACUUGAAACAUUGAGGCCAACAACUUCAUGGGAAAGGACAUCAGGUGCAGGUCAAGGAUUAGAUGGAGUUUUUCUGGGUGGAAGAGGUUUUGGAGCUGCAAUGGAAGCCCUUUUCAAUUAUCUUGGAUCAGAAUAUGGAAAUACGUUUGCAUUAGCUAGAGUUUUUGCUUUUCUUUCGGGUGCUCCUGAUAUUGGAGCCGGCCAACUAGAUACAAGACGGUAUGGUGAGCAGUAUGCUAGUAAAGGAGAGGAUGCAGAUCGAGCUUUACUUCCUGAACAAACUCCAUUCUAUAAAGAUCUGGCUGCCGUGGCUGUUCAAUCAGGUGUUUGUGUAGACAUAUUUGCUGUGACAAAUGAGUAUACUGAUUUAGCAUCACUGAAGUUUCUGAGUAUCGAGAGUGGAGGCUCCUUAUUUUUGUAUACGAGCAGUGAUGACUCCACACUUCCUCAAGACAUGUACCGCAUGUUAAGUCGACCAUAUGCUUUUAAUUGUGUCCUAAGGCUGAGAACUUCGUCAGAAUUUCAACCGAGUCAUUCUUAUGGGCAUUUCUUCCCAGAUCCGCAAUAUGAAAAUGUCCAACACAUAAUUUGCUGUGAUUCUUUUGCUACAUAUGCCUACGAUUUAGAAUUUGCAAAUAAUGUUGGAUUUUCCAGGCAUACUUCAGAAUUGCCUAUGGUGCAAAUUGCUUUUCAGUAUACUGUUGUUGUCCCACCAGAUGAACUUGCAAAUGCAGGAUCAAGUUCUACAACAAGAACAAAGCAUUCCCUCAAAAGGAGAUUAAGGAUUCGAACUCUGCAGUUUGGAGUAGCUCAUAGCAUAAAUGAGAUUUAUGAUGGUGUUGAUUCUGAAGUGGUGCUUUCAUUACUUGUCCACAAGGUUAUUUUAGCCUCAUUGGAGCAAGGUGUUCGAGAGGGCAGAAUGUUACUUCAUGAUUGGCUUGUAAUUCUUACGGCUCAGUACAAUGAUGCUUGCAAGCUUAUUCAGUCUGGGCAUGGAGGUUCAAGCAUUGUUCACAUUGAUGUUGCAUUCUCUCAAUGUCCUCAACUGCAGCCUUUACCCCGCUUGGUGUUUGCUCUAUUACGAAAUCCUCUUCUUCGUUUACAUGAAGAAGGCGUGCAUCCUGACUACCGAAUAUAUCUUCAGUGUCUUUUCAGUGGACUAGAACCUUCUUCUCUUAAUCGUGCUAUAUAUCCAUUGUUAACCUCAUAUGCCUCGCCAGACAAACAAGCAUAUCCUCGACAUUCCCUGAGCCGGGCUGCACUGAUUACAAGCGGCAGCCCGAUAUUUUUUCUGGAUGCAUUCACAAAUCUUAUUGUGUUCUAUGCUUCAACAGCAGACCCUUCACUUCCUUUUCCACCACCUCAGGACUGUUUACUGAGAACAACAAUAAACAAGCUGAAGCAAGAUAGAUGUAUCACCCCUAAACUUACAUUUAUCAAGGGAGGGCAGGAUGAUGCGACAUCAUUUGAGAAUUAUCUGAUAGAGGAACAGGAUGUAGAAGGAAGUGGCUUCACAAGCAUCAUGGGUUUCGUUUCAUUCCUUGAGGAGAUUAAUCAAAGUACGUUGGAAUACAUGAAAUAAGUUGCCUCAAUUCUUCUGUAACACAGGUUAGGACAGGAAGCAGGUUCCUCCAAACUUACUGUACAAUUGGGCCAGAACAGUUACAUCGUCUACAAUCAUGUACAAACACUUAUAUCUUAGCUUCAUUCCGAGAAACUUUUGCAACGAAGGGUUACAUGUAGCAUCACACCAAGCGAUGAUUACUUACUCAGAGCAGUUUUACUGAUGUCACCACCCACCACCACAUCUUCAUACAUUUUUCUAUUGCCCUACUGGUUCAGCUUCAGACUGUAGGUUUGCUCAUCCAAAUUUUGUACCAGAAGCUGGCUCAAACUGCCCUUUUUGUGUGGAUAAUUUGAAUAUAGAAUAGAUAUAACUUUAAGUUCUGAGCUUGGAAAUGUUGUUAAGAGUGUCUGCUUUUUCCUCAUUCUUGUUGGUCAUGUAUUUUCCCCCCUGUGGAUCUCUCUUUUUGUUCUUGUGAAGUACAAACUAGACUGAAUAAACAAACUAGUCUCUUUUGCAACGAA